CUUCAUAACGGCAAUUGGCAUCAAAAUAACUUCCUCUUCUCGCAGCGAUAGAAGACAUUAUUUAUCUUCUCAACAGACGUCCAGGUCCAGAGCCAGUGUCGUAAUGAUUGAAUAAAAUAUAUUGUGCCCAUGUUUUUGACCAUAACGACUCCGUGCGUGCAUAUCCCUACUAUUUGCAACAGUUUGUAAAAAAAAAAAAAAAAAAAAAAAGCGUCCGUGCGCGCAUGUGAGAGGGUGCUCUAAUUUUCUUUUGCCAUUUCGUAGAAAUCAGUACAGCCAUUUUCCAUCCUGGCGAGGCGGCGGUGUGUUAAAAAACGCUGUGCUUUAUCCCACUGCCCCCACCCAUUUCCAUAUAUUCCGUUCUUGCUGCUCACCUUUGCUCCCGGUUAGUUACGCAACUGUUCAUUAAUGGCUGCAGCAGGGUUUCACGGUGUCCGUUGUUGUGACGCGCGCUUCGCGAGGCUGGAUAAAUACUGUUACAGGUGGAGCUCGAAACUUUCUGCCGCGGUCCGGCAGCUCGCGCUGUAACACUCCCCCUCGUGAGACAUUCCGAGAGAGAUAAAGAGAAGAGCCGGAGCCACGGCGAACAGAGACCUGUUACUGAACUGCGUUUUCCAUGGGAAGGCGAGGAGCUGCGUGCCAAGCGCGCGCCCCUAUGGCACCUUACAACAGAGCCUCAAAUCUAUGAUCCAUGACUUGGUUUGUUUUAAUAUAUAGGCUGUUUCAUUUAACCUCUUCUUCUUACGCGGAAUAUUGGGUCUAUUUUGUUGUGAACACUAGCCAUUUUUGUCUCCGGAGACAGCUGUAGUUUCGUGGACGCAUUUUUUUUACGCAUUCGCAAAAAGUUUUUUUUAAAAAUUCAAUUUCAAAACUUUACAAACGUAACUGUUAUUCAGCGAGAACCAAUAAAGCAAGGCUUCAUAUAUAUGUAAAAAUAUUAAAUGGUCUGGAAACCCUUGUUGAUCACUCAGAGAAAAAGAUGUGGGGACUGCCGAAGCCGCGGUAUCGAAAUUGCAACGCCUCGGAUUCUAGCGAGGAGACCGAGCUUUUCGUGAACAUCGGAGGAGUGAGGCAAGUGCUACACGGGGAUAUUUUAAACCGCUAUCCGGAGACCAGGCUGGCGGAGCUGGUUAACUGCGCCUCCCGGAAUUUCGAUACAAUUUCCUCCCUUUGUGACGACUACGACCCCGGUAAAGGCGAGUUUUAUUUUGACAGGGACCCGGACGCUUUUAAAUGCAUUAUUGAAGUUUACUACUUUGGUGAAAUCCACAUGAAACGGGGCAUUUGUCCCAUUUGCUUCAUCAAGGAGAUGGAAUUCUGGAAAAUCGACAUUAGUUUCCUGGACGAAUGUUGUAAGAGUAACCUGACCGAGAAGGAGGAAGAGCUGGCCGAAAUAGCAAACAAGGUAAAGCUUAUUCUUGAGGAUAUGGAGGGGGAGCCGUCGGCCAACCGUUGGGAGAGGUGUCAGAAGUUCCUGUGGAAGCUGAUGGAGAAGCCGGAGUCAUCCUUACCCGCGCGCACAAUCGCCAUCGUCUCCUUUUUCUUCAUCCUGAUCUCGUCCGUGGUGAUGUGCAUGGGAACGAUCCCCGAACUGCAGGUGGAGGACGCCGAAGGAAACCAGGUGGAGCACCCGACGCUGGACGCCAUCGAGACCGCCUGCAUCGGCUGGUUCACCGUGGAGUACCUGCUGCGCCUGGCCUCCGCCCCGAACAAAGUGCACUUCGCCCUGUCCUUCAUGAACAUCGUUGACUUUUUGGCAAUCAUGCCUUUUUACGUGGUGCUAGUGCUAACAUACCUGGGGACGGCCGUGAUGGAGCUGGCCAACGUUCAGCAGGCGGUGCAGGCGCUGCGCAUCAUGCGCAUUGCUCGCAUCUUCAAGCUGGCGCGACACUCCUCCGGGCUGCAGACUCUCACGUAUGCGCUCAAGAGGAGCUUCAAGGAGCUGGGCCUAUUGCUCAUGUACAUGGGCGUGGGGAUCUUUGUGUUCUCGGCACUGGCCUACACCAUGGAACAGAGCCACCCCGAAACCCUGUUCAAGAGCAUCCCACAAUCUUUCUGGUGGGCUAUCAUCACCAUGACAACAGUAGGGUAUGGGGACAUCUACCCCAAGACCACGCUAGGCCGAUGCAAUGCCGCUAUUAGCUUUCUAUGCGGGGUCAUCGCCAUUGCCCUACCAAUCCACCCCAUCAUCAACAACUUCGUCAUCUACUACAAUAAGCAAAAGGUGUUGGAGACCGCGGCAAAACACGAGCUGGAGCUGAUGGAACUGCAGUCCAGCGAAGGUGGUGCGAGGAAAGCGGCUCGGAAGUCCGACAGCACCGCACGCGCCUCCCUCAGCGAUACCAACAUCUCGUUCCUGGCAGAGGCGCACAGAACGCGGCAGCAGAGUUGCAAAUAAGUGGAGGGAAAAGCAGUUACUUCUGAAUGACUUCACGUCGCUAACAUCGCUAUCGCUAACUGGCGUGGGAUCAAAGACAUUCAAUUCAUUCCGUUCAAAAUCCAUUCAGGCAUAGCUAGUUGCAUUCUUACAUUUGUUUGACAGUCCGCUCAAGUAAAGAUCAAUAAAAUGACCGUGGAGAUAUGAUACUUAUAUUUUAUUUUCGCCAGGCAGCAGGUCUUCUAUCUCACGUGUGACAAUUGUUUCCUGUUGAGGUGUUUUCUUGACCAUUGUUCAAUAAAGUGCUUGCAUGAUAACGAAUGUACUGCCCGUAAAAGACUCUAUAAUGCGAGAGAAUGCAUACUCCUGAGAAAAAACACCGCUUAGCCGCUUUCUAGUAUAUUCUGAUAAAUUACUCGUACGAGUAAAAUAGUGUCAUGUCAAAAGCAACCAACACAAAAUAGUAAGAUUCAACAUGUUUAAAUGCUUUUUGGAACGUCUCUGUUUGCAGGCUAUUUAAAACGCCCAACCUGUGUCAUGCAUUCGCGUAAAAAUAUUACAGCCAUAUGUUGUAGUAGAACCACAUGUUUAUAUGGUAUCAUGCCAGCUCCGUGCCAAUUUCGUCAUUGCUGUUUAAGUUAAAUACUCGUUUGACAAAUCAUCUUUACGCACGUCUUAUCUCGUAAAAUGUGUACUUCUCUUUUGAGAUCUGAAAUCGAUUUUUU